AUGGACGUUUUGCUGAUCUUCUGUGUAUUAUCUUCUGCUCUCAUUGUCCAGGGAAGCAAUUACGAUACCUUUUUAGCAGAGCUGGCACUUAGAAAUCAAGAACAUCACGAAAGAUUCCGACGUGAUUACCCAAAUGGAGACUUAGUCCUGGAUCAUGUUUUUAAUUCACCCGAGUUCCGCAGUAUUCAUCCUGUUCUUCUAGAAUACGAAAACCCGGAGGAUUUAGACGCUAAUGGAGUUGGCGACUCGUGGUCUCGUUUAAUGGAUAGUCUAGCGCACGCUGAGGAGACAGCACGUCACCCCGAUCCGGAAGUAGCGGCGAAACGGAUUUUCUCAAAGAUUGCUGAAAAUCCUAUGAAUAACACCCCGAUUCGGACUACCCAUCGCAGCGAGUAUGCUCCACAAAAUCAUCUUUCAGGUACUCACGCGGUUUCUGGCGGCUCAUCUGAAGAUGGAAGCUGGAUUGCUUAUGCUAUCUCCGGGGCUCUAGCUCAAGAAGAUGAUGAUGAUGAUGAAGUAGAAGAAGAAGAUAUUUUGGAAGGAAUGGCGGGUAGACCUCUUACUAAUCACAUUCAUAAAGCUCAAGUGAAGACAGAUAGACUUCCUGGGUACUGUGACCCACCUAACCCAUGUGCUAUUGGAUACGAUCCAGAAUCAUUUGCCACACCUUGCGAUAUGGGUAUAGAGAAUACGGAGGAGUUUAACAGACGAUGGAUUGUGGAGAAGAUGAAGAGUGGGGAAUGUACGUGUGAUCGCGAACACAUGUUUCGGUGUGAGAAGUAUACUUCGCCAAAGCAACAUUCUGGACCACCCAGUAAAAGCCAACUUGUGAAGGCAUCCUUCUUUUCAAACCCAUAUCUUCGUGGACAAAUGCGUUCGAUGGAGGUGACCAAGAAAAGUAAUCGAAAUCGCGGAUUUGGGACUCGUCCAAAUCCAUUUGCCGAGGGAGAAAAUUUGAAGAGCAUUGUCAAGAAAUCGGGUCCCCGUUUCAUUCAUGCGUGA